AUGCAGGUUGAUCGACGGAACUCCCGAGGCCCGACAAUGUUGUGGUACGCUGUUGCUAGGCGUGACUACAAGAAAAUGUUAUUCUUUCUGAGAUGUGGCGCAGACGCGACUGUGCCAGACAGUGAGGGAACCACGCCCUUUCAUGUUGCUUUGAUCAAAGGCGACACAUUGACGGCGAGAAUUUUACUGGAUUCCGUGCCAGCCACCAAGGUAUCCAGUAUACUUCACAAUGGCCGGCUUAAUUUGGAUCAAUUGCUUCUUGACCAUGCCCAGUUCCCUGACAGUACGGAAGCCAUGAACUUCCUCCUGGACUUGGGUGCCAAUAUGAACACCGUCAACUCGAAUCACGAAACAACGUUGAUGCUAGCCACACGCUGCGGAGACCUCAGGGCCAUGGAAGCGCUGCUCCGUCGAGGGAACAUCGAUAUUUAUAAGAAAGAUCGAUAUGGAAGUACAGCAUUGCACAUUGCUGUCAAAGGAGAUCAAUCAACGACAGUGGACCUGCUUUUAUCAUGCCAACAAUUUGACGUCAAUUGUCAGGACAGCCGAGGCAACACUCCUUUCUGGCUGUCUAUGCCCCUGGGGCGCGACGAUAUCAGCGAACGUUUUCUGAAAGACAGCAGAGUGGAUGUCAAUGUCAACGGCUGUGUGGUCAAUUCGCGAUGGCGAACAACAGGACUGUAUAUUGCCUCCUUUUGCAGCAAUCCCCGAAUGGUCUCCUCUAUACUCGCAUCGACAGGCGCGACUCGAGUGGAUCCCAACAUCCUCGGCGACGGAAGACACAGCCCUCUUGGAGCUGCUGCGUAUCAAAGAAUCCAUGAAUUGGUCGCACUUCUGCUGAAGGCAGACGGUAUUCGAGUCAAUGCAGCUGACGAAGGCGAAGAUGAUCCUCAUUGGCUUGCAAUCCAGACUCGCUCAACUUCUGUCAUUGAACUGUUCUUGAGGGACAGUCGACUCAAUGUGAAUUGCCAAAACAACAUAAAGGGGGAUACAUAUCUCCUUGCUGCGGCUCGUGACGGCAAUACUGCCCUGGUAAACAGGGUGCUGGAAAUUAAGGGCGUUGGGCUCGACGCAAGAAACAAAAGGGGCGAAUGUGCUCUAUCAGUGUCUUGUCUGCAGCGUCACCACCGUAUUUUCCAGAUGCUACUUGAUAGAGAUGCAAAGUAG